AUGAAUCCCUUCAAGCUGACGGACUCCCCCAGCUCUACUCCCUCGGCUCGUAUUCCCAUCGUUGCCGCUUCGUCGUCGUCGUCGCGGGAAGACGACAGCCGUGGUGGAUGGCAUGAGGAGUCCGCGCCGCACUCCUCUCGGCGUCCCUCCAGCCUCCUAGCCCUGGCUAUCAUGCGUAAUUAUGGUGCGGGCAAGUCUUCCGGUAGCCAACUCUACAACGGUCUGGGCGGACAUGCGCCUAGUUCUUUGGCCUUCUCCUCCUCCAGCCGACCGCCCCUGUUGGCCCAGCAGUGUCCGCCUAGAGUUCAGCCAAAGAAGACGAGUAAACAUAAGCCAGCCAAAGCAACAACAGCCCACCACUCGGUUCCGCUGGAUGCAUUUUUACGAAAAUAG